GUCCGCCCGUCUCCUUCACUCACAGCCGUUUUUCUCCGACUCUCCCAAGCUCCCCGCUCCCCGCAUCCAAACGCCAAAACGCACAGGGGAAAGCAGCCGCUCGCCGCGGCGAGUCGGACCGUCGCGAUGGUGGAUGUGGAGCACCGGAUGGCGGGCAUGGCCCCGGCGGCGCACGCGGCCGGCCUGCGCCGCCUGUCCACGCGCGCCGCGGCCGGCCCUUCCUCGGCAUCGGCGUCCCCGCGCCACGGGCUCUACUCCUUCCAGGGCGUGGCGUCGUCCGUGCUCUCGCACCUCCGGGCGUCCGGGGUGGCCAUCCUCCCGGGGCUCUCCGACGCGGAGCUCGCCCGCGCCGAGGCCGAGAUGGGGUUCACCUUCCCUCCCGACCUCCGCGCCGUGCUGGCCCUCGGGCUGCCGUCGGGCCCCGGGUUCCCUGACUGGCGCUCCCGCGCGGGGCUCCGCGCCGCGUUCGACCUGCCCGUCGCCGCGGCGUCGCUCCAGAUCGCGAGGGGCGCGCUGUGGCCGCGGUGCUGGGGGAAGAGGCCGGCCGACCCCGACCGCGCGAGGCGGCUCGCCCGCUCCGCCAUACGGCGCGCGCCGCUGCUGGUGCCGCUCUUCGAUCGGUGCUACCUGCCCUGCACCCCCUCCCUCGCCGGGAACCCCGUGUUCUUCGUCACCGACGACCGCGUCCUCUGCUGCGGCCUCGACGUCGUCCACUUCUUCACCCGGGAGUCGUCCUUCCAGCCGAUGGACAUCUCCUCCCCGUUCGCGGCGAUGCCCUCCUCCGGCACGAGCACGCCUUGCACGCGCCGCAGCCUCGACGCGGCCUGCGGCGGCCAGGCCCCGCGCUGGAUCGAGUUCUGGAGCGACGCGGCCUCCGACAGGCGCCGCCGCGACUCGUCGUCCUCCGAAGCCUCCACCGCAUCCACAUCCUCGUCAGGCUGCUGCUCGCCACCUCGGAGGUCGACGCCGCGCUGGGUGGACAACUACCUGGACAAGCUCGGAUCGGUGCUCAAGAAAGGUGGCUGGAGGGACAGGGAGGUGGACGAGAUGGUGGAGGUGGCCGCCUCAGGGAUGUUCGACGGCGAGGAGGCUCCGCCAGCCGCCGACGCGGAGGCCGUGCUCGACACACUCCUCCUGAAGACGGACCGGUGCUCAGACUCCCUCAGGCGAGCUGGAUGGAGCUCGGAGGACGUGUCGGACGCGCUGGGGCUGGACCUCCGGCGGUGCAAGGAGCCGCACCGAUCGGCCGUGCGGGUGCCCCCAGAGAUCGCCGCCAAGGUGCAGCGCCUCGCGCGGACGGUGGCGAGGUCGUGACCAGCUGAUCCCGCCGGCGUCGGCCGUUAAUCUUUUCUCUUUUCUUUUCCCCUCGAAGGAGGGAUCGAUCGAUUAAACAACAACACUUGUAUGUUACUACUACUAAGUGAGAAAAGUAAACUGGGCCAUGUUACUUCGUGUGCAUGGAUACGCAAGUAAA